CGACAUCCGAUAUUUUAAAUGCUAAUCAAAACUAUGCAUGGACUGCGAAUCUAGUAACACAGAAGUAGCGUCCCUUGUUUGUGAGAAUUUACACAUGUGAUACCAGCUUCAGUACCAACAGACCUUACCAGGGACCAAAUUGCUUGUCGGACCAAAAUUAAGGUUACUGUGGUGUGGAAUCAUUAGAGAGGCUCGAUUUUCGUUCGCCAAGGCCACAGUAGACGCAUACGUGAGCUAUGUCCGGUAGCGGUGUGGAGGCGGAACCCGGUGACACUGUGAUGUCGAAUGAGGCGUGGAAACAGCGAUGGGUGGACCGCAACAUUGCCUUCCACCAGGACAAGCCCGACCCGUACCUGGCUGAAGAGGAGGCCCGGAUGUUCGGCGGCCAACCAAGGACCGUGUUUCAGCCGCUGUGUGGCAAGACCACCGACAUGAUCUGGAUGUGGGAGCGAGGUCACACUGUGGUGGGUGUGGAGGUGGCGGAGCAGGGCGUGCGCGAGUUCUUCGAGGAGAACGGACUAACGCCGGAAUCAGAGGCCGUGGAAAACGUGGGCACGCAAUAUACGACGAAGGACGGUCGACUAAGGCUGUACGCUGCUGACCUGUUCAACCUCUCAAUGGCCGUGUGUGGUCAGUUUGACGUGAUCUAUGACCGCCGCUCACUUGUGGCCAUCAAUACUGCUGACCAUCGCAGGUACCGGGACCUGCUGCUGAGCCUGAUGAAGCCGGACGGGGUGUACUACCUCUCAGUGCUCGAGUAUGACCCCGCAGUGUGGCCAGGCCCACCUCAUUCCAUCGGGGACAGCUUAGUUAGGGAUUUAUAUGGAGAACAGUGCAACAUUGACUUGGUGCUGGAAACUGAUCGCUCUGGAAAGAACAUCAACGACAUAGCAAUGAAGACCACCACAAGUAAAGAAGCGGGCUCGAUCGAUGCCAAACAUGAAGAUGAAACAAAACCGGAACCGGAAACUAAACCGAAGCUCUCUUCCGCCGGUGCUGCCAUAAAAAGUUCCUCGUAUGUUUUGGAUCGCUGGUACAGAAUGACAUUAAAACAGUAAUGCGAAUCAAAGAAAAUCGGAUAAAUGUGCAUUUACAACAUGAACUAAGACGUCACCAAUAAAGUCACAGAAAAAAGAGUGUGUUUUAAUAUGAAGUUUAAAAACUUUCAAGUAUCAUACAGAAGAGUAUUUUAACACCAUUCUCCAAUACCGUUCAAACAUAAGGACUUUUUAAAACCGAUGUAACUCUUACCCUACCUGUAACCAAACCAUUUUUAACCAGGUUUUCACAUAGUGAAACCUGGUUAUUAGAAUGGCGAACGUCGUUGUUCGGGCGGGCGGGCGGCCGGGCGGUGUCAAACUCACCUAUGAAACUGAAUAACUUUAGUAAGGGUUGACAUAUCUUGACCAAACUUUGUCAAUAGGAAGAGUUUAUGGAUACCUUUCAUGGGAUUGCGUUUGGGGGUCCCUAGGGUCAAGGUCAAGGUCACUGUUACUGAAAAUAGAAAAACGGUUGAAACUGAAUAACUUUAGUUAGGGAUGACAUAUCUUGACUAAACAUGGUCCAUAGGAAGAGUUUAUGGAGACCUUUCAUGGGAUUGCGUUUUGGGUCCCUAGGUUCAAGGUCAUGGUCACUGUUACUAAAAAUAGAAAAACAGUUGAAACUGAAUAACUUUAGUAAGGGUUGACAUAUCUUGACCAAACAUGGUGUAUAGAAAGAGUUUAUGGGUACCUUUCAUGGGAUUGCGAUUGGGGUCCCUAGGUUUAAGGUCAAGGUCACUGUUACUAAAAAUAGAAAAACGGUUGAAACUAAAUAACUUUAGUUAGGGAUGACAUAUCUUGAUUAAACUUGGUGUACAGGAAGAUUUUAUAGAUACCUUUCAUGGGAUUGCGUUUGGGGUCCCUAGAUUUAAGGUCAAGGUCACCGUUACUAAAAAUAGAAAAAUGGUUGAAACUGAAUAACUUAAGUUAGGGUUGACAUAUCCUGACACAACUUGGUAUAAAGGAAGAGUUUAUGGAUACCUUUCAAUGGAUUGCAUUUGGGGUCCCUAGGGUCAAGUUCACUGUUACUAAAAAUAGAAAAACAAACACAGUCUGAAGUCCUUCUGUCAAUCAUUAAAAACCUGGUUUCGUCGCAUUGCGGCGUUUCUUGUUAUUUUUUGCAUAAAUAAGAUAUUAAAAGUUGUUUGACAACAUUAUGUGUUAGGUAUGAAAGUAUAAAAGUUUUAUUUUUUAUAUGUAUGAAAAGCAAAUGAAAUGGAGAAGAAAGUUU